AUGGCCUCAAAGAACUCAGCCUCUUUUGCUCUUUUCGUUGCCCUCAACAUCCUGUUUUUCACCUUAGCCGCUGCAACUGGUUGUAACUGCCCCCCAAGUCCUAAGCCCAAGCCGAGCCCAAGUCCGCCGCCCAAACCGAGCCCAAGUCCGCCACCCAAGCCGGUCUCAUGUCCGCCGCCCAAGCCCAGCCCAAGUCCCCCUAUGCCGGUCUCACCUCCGAGCAACCCAUCUGAAAACUGCCCCAUAGAUGUCCUCAAGCUCGGUGCAUGUGCAAAUGUCCUAAGCAGCCUACUCAACAUACAGUUGGGUCAGCCAUCAUCUCAACAAUGUUGCUCGCUUGUGGAAGGUUUGGCUGACGUCGAGGCUGCAGUUUGUCUCUGCACUGCUCUUAAGGCUAGCGUUCUCGGGAUCAACCUUAACAUUCCUAUAUCUCUCAGCGUUCUUCUCAACAAAUGUAACAAGAACCUUCCAUCUGGUUUCGAAUGCAAGUAA